CGAAACUCCAAUUCGCCAACAACAGCUCUCGCUCAAGCUCGAAUUCCUACACAACAACUCUGCUUUCCAGGGUAGACUGAGGGACGACAAUACAAGAUGACGUGGAUAUCAAAAUCCACAACAUUCCUCGGCCUCGUGUUGCUUGCACAUGCCUGCUACUCGGCGCAGGAGCAUUCGGCCCUCCAAUCCUUCCGCGCCGCCACGAUCGCAUCGACAUCAUCACCGGCGGCGGUCGCGGCUUCUCUGCCGAUAGACAUCUCGAUCGAGGCCGUCCUCGCGACCGCCGUCAUCUGCCUCGGCCUUGUCCUGGGGACCCCGCCCCUCCAGCCGAUCCAGUGGCGGGUGUGGGCCGGCAAGAUCGAGCGGGAGGGAGAUGAAGGGUUCUUGGACGCAAGCGGAGAGGUCAGCAAGGGCUAUGUCGGCAACCCCUUCCGGACCCUCGAGACCAGACCCGGCUUUGUGGACAUCCGGAAGCAGAGGCGGGAGUUUGCGGACUGGGUGAGGAAUGGGGGAGGCAAGUAGGGGACGCAUUUCGCACGAAAUACCAAAAUCGCUGGUGUCGCUAGCCAUCGAUCUGGGAAGGAAAACGGAUUGUGCUUCUCAACCCUCUAUCAGCGGAGAGCGUUGAAGAUAGAGAGAGCAGCUUGGUUUCUUAGGGUAACAAGGUAAUUCCCAGCAUCAAGCUACAGCUCUGAACACCAGAGCCUUGAGCCCAAGAUGACCCACCGAUUCUAUCCGGUUGUACAACAGUCAUCUAUCUACCAGCCAUAGAAACCAUUAAGACCACAGUUGAAUAAGAUAUGGAGUGCAU